CUCUUUUAACAACAUCGCUACUUAAAAUGCCUUGGCCAUACACAGUUCCAGCAGCCGAGUAAUCAAUGAACAUAAAUGGAACUCUACAUCUUCUUAUUGUUUUGCAUCUCCUUUUUCCUCCUCUUUCGUCGUCGCUCCUCCGCCCACAGCCUCCCGCCGGGCCCUAUCAACUUUCCUAUAUUUGGCUCCCUCCAUCGCCUAGGUUCUCACCCUAACCAAUCCCUCUACGAGCUAGCCAAAACUUAUGGCCCUCUCAUGACUCUCCGCUUAGGCUAUAUUACCACCGUCAUCGUCUCAUCCGCUGAAUUCGCUAAACAAGUCUUCCAAACACACGAGCACUCCUUCUCUGACCGCACUGUCCCUGAUUGCGUCGCCUCCCAGCCUAACCCCGAGUCGACCCUCGCAUGGGCGCUGGGCGAUGGUAGGUGGCGCAACCGCCGGAGACUAUGCAGCACCCAGUUGUUCACCGUGCAAAGACUCAACUCACUUCAACACCUUCGCCACCAAAAAGCCCAGCAACUUAUCCAGCACAUCAAUAAACAACGCGCUUCAGGGUCCCAAGUCAAGAUAGGGGAAGUUGCUUUUGCAACCACAUUGAACUUGAUAUCCACUACAAUCUUUUCCUCGGAUAUAGUGGACCCUGAAUUCAGUACAGCGCAAGAGUUCAAAGAUUUGGUGUGGAGGAUAAUGGAGGAUUCAGCCAAACCCAACUUGUCAGAUUAUUUCCCUAUCUUAAAAAGGUUUGAUUUGCAAGGGAUAAGAAAGCAUAUAAGGCCGUCUUACACGAGGUUGCAUGAGAUAUUUGAUGAGAUGAUAGAUGAAAGAAUGGAGGUUAGAGCUUCAGAUUCCGUGUCCAGAAAUGGUGAUUUGUUGGAUGUUCUGCUUGAUCAGUGCCAACAGGAUGGGUCUGACUUCACUCGCCAAAAUAUCAAGCCUUUGAUCCUGGACUUAUUCAUUGCUGGAAGUGAUACAUCUGCAAUAACAACAGAAUGGGCGAUGGCAGAACUCCUUAGAAAACCUGGAGUGCUACAAAAAACAAGAAGGGAACUAAUGGAAGUCAUUGGAACUAAAAGAACUGUUCAAGAAUCAGACCUCGAUAAACUCCCAUAUCUUGAAGCUGUGGUCAAAGAGACAAUGCGCCUUCAUCCUGCCGUUCCUCUUCUCCUACCUUACAAAGCCAAAAAUGAUGUCGAAAUAUGUGGCUACACCAUACCCCACAACACUCAGCUUCUGGUGAAUGCUUGGGCUAUUGCCCGAGACCCCAAAUACUGGAACCACCCUUUUUCGUUUUGCCCUGAGAGAUUUCUUGAUUCCAGCUUAGAUUUCAGAGGUCGUGAUUUUGAGUAUAUACCAUUUGGAGCUGGUCGAAGGAUAUGCCCGGGUUUGCCUCUUGCAGUUCGUAUGGUGCAUCUGAUAUUAGCUUCUAUGAUUCAUUCCUUUGAUUGGAAAUUGCCUCAUGGAAUCCAUCCACAAGACUUGGACAUGCAAGAACAGUUUGGCAUGACUCUCAAGAAAGCUAUACCGCUCUGUGCUAUUCCUAUUUAGCUAUAUAGUACACAAAAUAGGUUAAAUUAUUUGUUGUUUUUCUUUGUUGGGAACAUAUAUAUUAAAUCUUCCACUAUUUGUCUUUUGUUCUA